CUACGGGUGCCGAAAGGAUGGAGGGCUUCAGUUACGUUCCUGCGAUGGAGCAACAGUAACACUGCUGGAAUUCCAUCAACAGACAUUUCAGUGUGUCUGCUUCACUGCGAUGAGCACACAUUGGCACUGGAACUGGUCCUGGAUUUCGAAGAAGCCUCGGUCCGAAGGUCGAGUUGCAGCCUCAACACGACACAUCACCCGGUGCUGAUAAAGUAUUAUCGGGUCACACCACCCACUCGGGCUGCGAACAAGACCAACAUGAGCUGACUGUGAACACUCGGACAGACUUUUCUACAAUGGGGACUCAGAGGAACGGGUUCCAGAAGGAGAGCUUCAUUUUGUCAGUGGACGUCGGCACAACAUCAAUCCGGUGUCACGUCUACGACAAGGAGGCAAAAAUCCGGGGAUCAUGCGCCACCAAGGUUGUUCCCUUGUAUCCAGAGGUAGGACAUGUGGAGAUGGACCCAGAUGCACUAUGGAAAGGGUUUAUCUCUGUGGUCAAGGGAGCUGCGCAAGAUGCAGGAGUACAAAUGCGCCAGAUAGAGGCCCUUGGUAUAUCCACUCAACGAGGUACCUUCACAACAUGGGACAGGAGAACUGGAGUUCCCUUCCAUAACUUCAUCAGUUGGCAGGAUCAGAGGGCCGCAGACCUGGUGAAGUCCUGGAACAGAUCUUGCACCAUGAAAGCAAUCCAUGGAGUCAUGAAGGUGCUGUAUUUCCUGAGUAGGCAGAAGCGGUUGCUUGCUGCGAGUCUUAUUGUCUUCUCUACUCAACACGUUACCUUCCGCCUCGUCUGGGCCCUGAUGCAUUACAAGCAGAUUCAUCAAGCGGUAGCUGAAGGCAAUUGCUGCUUUGGAACAAUUGACACCUGGCUCCUGUUCAAACUCACAAAAGGACUCGUCCAUGCCACAGACUAUUCUAAUGCCAGUUCAACAGGCAUUUUUGACUCCUAUCAGAUGUGUUGGAGUGGUUUCCUCUGCUCUCUUGUUUCUCUGCCUCUCUCUAUUUUCCCCAAAGUAGAAAAUACAGGCCAUGACUUUGGUUCCACAGACCCGUCUAUCUUCGGUGUGUCCAUUCCUAUCAUGUCAUUGAUGGCGGACCAGCAGGCAGCCAUGUUUGGAGAGUGCUGCUUUGAUGUUGGCGAUGUGAAGAUCACCAUGGGAACAGGCACCUUCAUGGACAUCAACACAGGGAGCAAACCACAUACAUCUGUAGCAGGCCUGUAUCCUCUGGUGGGGUGGAAAAUGGGCUCAGAGGUGGUGUACCUGGCGGAGGGCAAUGCAGCAGACACAGGCACUGCCAUCAAAUGGGCACAGGAGCUGGAGCUGUUCUCUGACGUCCAGGAGACUAGUGCCAUGGCUUACAGCGUCAGUGACUCUGAUGGCGUGUGCUUUGUACCUUCAUUCAGUGGCCUGCAGGCUCCUCUGAACGAUCCUAAAGCUUGUGCUUCAUUCAUGGGCCUCAAACCUUCAACCACCAAAAGCCAUCUGGUCCGUGCCAUACUGGAGUCUGUCGCCUUCAGAAACAAGCAGCUGUAUGAGACGAUGCUGAGAGAAACUCGCAUCCCCAUCACAAAGAUCAGGGUGGAUGGUGGUGUUUCCUCCAAUUCCUUCGUCAUGCAGCUAACUGCAGACCUGUUUGGCAGAAAGGUAGUCAGACCCCAACACCAUGAGAUGUCGUGUUUGGGGGCCGCUUUUGUCGCUGGACUUGGAGUGGGCUUCUGGAGGACCCGGGAAGAGCUGAAGAAGCUGCAGAGGACGGAUGAGGUGUUCUCGCCUCAAGGUACGCCCAAGGAGGGUGGUGGCGGCCCAAAUCGGGAGUACAUCCCCGUCCUCCAGAGCUGGGAAAGAGCUCUCCGCCGUUCCAUGAACUGGUACAACAAACCCUGACUCUGAAUGUGCACACGGGGAAAUGAAGGGGUUGAUCACAUGGGGAGAUAAAGACAUGAGGUUUGAGUACAUGUGAAAGCAGAUGGUUCUUUUUACUUAGAACUUACAGCUUUCAGCUGCACCUCUAAACUGGGUUUACGGUUAAUCUGUCUCUGAAUCAUAAUUGAGUCGUGGUACAGCUCUGAUAGUUGCUCUGAUGAAGAUUGUGGGAAAGGUCUGACCCACGCCAAAGUGCCAUUAGCCGCCUUCACAGCCUUGUGUUGUUGACCACAUGCAGAGGUUACUCUACCUUUACUCGAAUUCUUCACACAGUUGCAGCCUUUUCAGACGAAUCCUUUAUCAAUUCCAUUGAUGCCUCAAGUUUCCUAUUCAAAUAGAAUGAUAUGCGUUACAAUAUUUGUCCAUAUGAGGGCGCUAACAACUGGCUUUUUAGUUUUUUAAUUUAUGAACUGGCCAUGUUAAUAAGGAGCCACAUUUACAUCAGAUUAACCUUUACUUCUCUGCAGGAGAAGCAAAGACCGCACUUAGCCUGUCUGUUCAUGAUACCUCAACAUUCAGAGAGCUCCACAUAGGAACAAAAAAACUUCUGUUCAGUUCAACAAACACAAUUUGGUAUUUACCCAUUUCUUCCUGAUCAAUUAUAUGUAUUCAUCCUGAAUUCAAUUUUUACUCAUAAAUUUGUUUAAAUGUGACUGGAACAAAAACAAAUUGUAUUUGUUUUCCUCCCAGUGAGGGAAUUCCACUGGAUUUUAGUACAUCUAUGAAUGUUUUUACAUUAAUUUUGUGAGAAAUGCUUUUCACAUCUUUGAUGCAACAAACAUCUCUGUCGGUAAAGAACUGAAAAAUGUGGUUGUCAAAUUUUUUUUUUAAAGUUUUGUCAAGAUGGACGGAGUAAAAUUGAAUUUUUUUGGAUAUAUGGGGACAAAUUAGGAAUUAGAACUUCGACCUUUGCUGUAAUAUAAAUAACUUUUGCAUCUCUCACAAAUUCUUUUCUAUGAAUCAAUUAUUGAACAGAACUGACUUAAAAGAGAACUAGGACAAGCAUAAAUUUGUACUAAGUGUUAUCCCCUGUCAGUCCAUGUCCAUGGUGUGUAGCCAUCAUUUCAGUUGUUAGCAUGUGUUUAUUGUUUGAUUGUCCUGGCUUUAUGAAUUUCAGCACAAAUGUCAGCCAUGUCAUAUGAUAAUGUUUUGACUCAGGUUUUUUACUUGACCUGAUGAACACUGAUGGCAAAGGUUACCAUUUCUGAUUGUGAUGUGAAUGAGUCUGAAUGUGCCAGCACUUAAACCAGUCAGCCACAGCAUUAAAACCACCUGCCUCAUAUCGUGUAGUUCCCCCUUCGUGGUGCUAAAACAGCUCUGAUGCGUCGAGACAUGGACUCUUCAAGGUAUCAGGCUCCAAGACGGUCCUUUAAGUCCUGUAAGCUGCGAGGUGCGGCCUCCAUCAAUCAGACUUGUUUUUGCACCCCGUCCCACAGAUGCACGGACUGAGAUCUGGGGAAUUUGGAGGCCAAGGCAGCACUUUGAGCUCUUUCUCAUGUUCCUCAAAGCAUUCCUGCAACGCACUGUGCGUCCUGACAGCUUUCCAUCACAGCCCGCAUUAAAGUUUUCAACAUUUCAGUGGUUUUAAUGAUGUGGUUGAUCAGUGUCUGUAACAUAAUUACAAAUUACUCAAAAAAAAAAAAAAAAACAAGAACCAAGUAAACUGUGAGUCUCAUUGUUGAAAUGUU